UGCUUCUACCUCAGGUGAGCAACUAUGGUCAUCGAGCCAUGUCAAAAGCAUCCCCCCUGAACCGCUCCGUCCAUGGAUGUCUGCCUAUAAAAGCCGUCCCGAAAGAGGGAAUAUUACAGAUGGUGACGAAGUACCGGAAAACACAUUUUCGUUACUGUCGGUGAUUCUAGUUGGCCUGCUGCUGUUCAUUUUAUUUUUCCUAUCCGUUGCGGGGAACAUUUUGGUCUGUGUCGCGAUAUACACUGACCGAGGUCUCCGCAGGAUUGGCAAUCUCUUUCUUGCCUCACUGGCGAUCGCUGACCUCUUCGUCGGUUCUCUGGUGAUGACCUUUGCCGGUGUUAACGACCUCCUCGGAUACUGGGUAUUUGGACCCCGAUUCUGCGACACCUGGGUGGCGUUCGACGUCAUGUGCAGCACCGCUUCCAUUCUAAAUCUAUGCGCCAUAUCACUCGAUAGAUACAUACAUAUCAAAGAUCCAUUAAGGUACAGUAGAUGGGUUACUCGAAGAGUGGCAGUUGGCAGCAUAGCAACUGUUUGGCUACUCGCUGGUCUCAUCUCCUUUGUGCCGAUCAGCUUGGGUCUUCACAGGCCUGCCAUGCCGCUAGUGUACAGCGACGGAGAAAAGCAAUAUCCCACCUGCGCAUUGGACUUGACGCCCACCUACGCAAUGGUUUCCUCCUGCAUCUCCUUCUACGUGCCUUGUUUCGUUAUGGUGGGCAUUUACUGCCGACUGUACUGCUACGCGCAGAAACACGUGAGGAGCAUCAGGGCGGUGACAAAAUUGCCGGAAACUUCGCUGGCGAAGAGCUUUCGCACAAAGACCAGGAGGACCAAAGCUCCGAAACCGCAGACGAAGCCGAAACCCACGAGUCCGUACCACGUGUCCGACCACAAGGCGGCAAUAACUGUCGGUGUAAUCAUGGGGGUCUUCCUGAUAUGUUGGGUACCAUUCUUCUGCGUCAAUAUUGUCGCUGCGUUCUGCAAAACCUGUAUUACGGACAGAACCUUUCAGGUACUAACGUGGCUCGGCUACAGCAAUUCAGCUUUCAAUCCGAUAAUCUACAGUAUCUUCAACACCGAGUUCCGAGAGGCUUUCAAAAGAAUUCUGACGAGAGGUGGAAGAGGUCGAUGCAACCAACCGUCAACAAGCGAAUGUGGUGAAUUCAGAUCAGUCAUCGUUCAGAAACGAAAUGGUUCGAUCGUGGAAUGCAAUAUCAGUCCCAGAUCGAGUGCCGACAGUUGCCAAGUAGCUCCAGGCGCGAACAAACAUCGUGACACGAUCGUCAGCGCGAUAUAAUCGCGUCGUAAAAAACAGUUACCAUAUUCUUCGGAUGCGUUUCAUUUCCAAUGUCAAUAUAUACUCCACUCCAUGUAUAGAUAUGUACAGUAAGUAUGUACGGGCACUUGAGUUAAUUCUGAAAUGCGAAAAAAAACUUUUGGUAAAAAAAUGUAGGUGCAGUUACCAUUUUUCAUUUUUGAUCACUUUCUUCCUUUUUUUAAUUGUAUCAUACAUUAGCUCACGCAUGUUGUAGAUAUAUUAUCAAUCGUAGAAUACUCAAUAAAUGUAAUAAUAAGUACAUGUGUGACACAAUAGAUAUAGCAGUGAAAUGAUCGUGUCGCAGCAUUUGACAUCUUUUCAACGGUCAAUGAAAAUUCCCUUCGAAUUUCAUUUCUAAUAGUUGUAGACAUUAUAAAUAACGUACGUGUGUAAUAUCUUUCAUUAAGCUGGAUCGUAACAUCUCAUUGUAUACAGCCAAUCAUAUAACAACAAUGUCACCUCAUUUCGAUUUUUAUACGUUCCAUUACCUAUGGUGGUAUCAGAAAAGUAUUGGCUGAGCCUGUGAAGUAUUCGGAAAGUACCCCAUUUUUGUACAGAGCAGAAAAAUGUCGGCGCAUGCGCACAAUUGAAAUGCUAUAUUUUACACAUGCGGACUUUCCUUAGCGUAUGCACACUUUUGAACAAGUAUAUCUUCAGUCAGUUGUUACGCGCUGUAAAACUGAGAUGUUCAAUAGCGUGUGUACGCCAAAGAGAGCCCUAGUGUUUAAAAUAAAGCACUUCAGUUGCGCCCAUGUGCUAAUGGCGCUUUACCGCACUGUUCGGAAAUAGGGAACUUUACGCACGCUCCACAGACUUGAAAAAUCGAACUUUCCAAGCAGGUGUUGAUAAAAUGCUAUUUUUGUGACUUGUUUCCUUCUGGCUUGAGAAUUAUGACGAAUACUAAAUCUUUUUUUAAUUUUCACUUUUUACCCGCAUGAACUCAUUUGUGAACAAAAACCAAUAACACUCGACUCUGAACGCUGUCAAAAUGACGAUGAUUAAUUAUUCACGUAGCAUUUAUCUCUCAAUAAGAUACAGAGGUCAUCAUAUGGCCUUUACUUCAUGCGAAUCGAUAUCUUAUUUAAUUUUAGAUUCUGUAGAGGUAAAGAUUACUCACGUCACACUUUUUUUCAUGACGUUCCUGAUGACCUUAGCGCAAGAGUUUUGUCGGAACAAUAACGCGAAGUGAACCUAUUUUCAACAUAAGAGAAAAAAAUGGAACACAAAUUCACAUUUUCUCAGCCAAUCAAGAAAUCAAUUAAAUUAAUCCUUCUUUUCACACUUUUUUAACAUCUAUGAAGUUGACAAGUAAAAGAUUUUAAAGAAAAAUACGAGACUCCAUACUUGGAUACCUAGAUUCAGCCAAAAAUAUUUACAGACCGUAGAAGUGUUUAAAUUAUUCAAUUGAAAUGUUUGAUAUGAUGUUACAAUAGGCUGAUAGUAUGUAGAUGAAAAUUGCUCAUAUAAUUACGCUUCAACGACUUUACCCAUCAGUUUUUGCGAACGUUAAAGAAAUAACUUGCUUUGCUUAUCAGAUAAGAAUUUUUGCUUGUGUGAUGCAGUUUUGAAAUGCAAUAGAUGACACUCGGAGGUAAAUUAUGAUUAGAAAGACAAUCAUGUAAAAUUAGUUUGAGACAUAUCCAAAAUCAGACAUACAAAUCACAGAGUACCCAUAUAUAUAUAUAU